CCUACUGUUCGUCGAAAUUCCAUUCCUUCGGAAAUGAUGUAAAACGUCAAACGUAAAUUAAGUCUGGUGGAAUUGUGUAGUGAUUUAUACUGUAAAAUCUUAAGCACAAUGGAUAAUUUUGUAAAAAAUAUUCUGAAUAAGUGGAAUUUGGGUGAUUUGAUUGAACGAUUUAGUGAUGAAGAAGUCAACGAGGAAGCGUUCAUGUUCCUAACCGAAGACAUCAUUAGAGAGUUGAUUCCCAAACUAGGAAAACGCGCUAUUUUCAUUGGAAGAUAUGCUGAACUCAAGACUUCACUCGCUAACGAUUACUCUACAGAGGACAGUAAUAAAGCUAGUCAAUUGACUGAAAGGAAACCGACCCCGACAGUCGCUCAGGACGUUCCUUUACCAUCGCUGCCAUCUAAAAGCGAUACAUAUGGAACCUAUGAAACUAUGACGGUCGAGGAGCUAGACUUCGAUAAACAGGGAGUCGAAAAUCAGUUUCAGGAACCAAGUGAAACGACACAACCGAGUGGCGCUGACAGUGACUGCGAUCCUUUCUUUGAGAUAGAAAUCGAGGGAGAACCAUUAUCGAAACGUCUGAAAGUUGAAAAUGACCCGGAUGAGGGGAAUUCAGCCGAUUAUGAAAGAUUUUAUGAAUCCGAUGAAGAUUUCACAGGAUUUCCGGAAAGAGCGGACGACAGUGCGUCGCGAAUGGCGCAAGACUGGGAUAUGCCGAUAGUGGAAAGACUGAAGAUGUUGCUUGCUGAAUCGCCACUCACACGGAAACUGCUUGAACUUGAAAGGUUGGACAAGGUACAAGGUAUACAAUUAGCUAAUGCAGUGGUAAAUUACUUAAUCGUUGCUAGUCCGAAUGCCAAGGUAUCGACGAAAACCUUUGCACGCUGGGCACAAGCGAUUAAUGAACUUUUCCCGCUCGAAUCGGCAGACUUGUACUGCAGUCAAAGUCACAUAAGCGGAAGAAGUGGGAGGCUAGUGGAACGAUACCGAUAUUUGGGAAGAAGUAAAUCAUCUGAGUUAACAAAAAUGAGAGAACAGUGCAACUCUUCGGCGAUGCAAGGCAAUGAGUCAUUUGUAAACUUCGAUGUUUCUGAAGAAGACGAAUUACUGAAGGAGUUUACAUCCGCAAUGGAUGGUAGCAAAAAAGAGAUGAAUACCCUGACUGAGUUGAAAAAAAUUGUCCAAUCAUGUUCCAUGAUGCGACACACACUGUCUGCACAGUUUUUGACAUGUAACCAGCGUAAUAUCCUGACAGCAAACAUCAUCAAUUAUUUGAUGGACAAACAUUGUAAAGUUAUACCGCCCGAGGAAAUGAAAAAAUUCGCCGCAGCAAUCGAAGAACUCUACCCGAAGGAGAACUCCUCCAUUUACUUCCGUCGACCGAAAGAUCGCGGUCGUGCCCAUGGUAAACUACCGGAUCGUUUUGGAUACGUGAAACGUAAAUCGUUCAAAACGGGAAAUGUUCCCCGCGAGUUAUUAUGUAAGAAAAAUCCGAUGUCUCAGCUGCGGGUGUUCCAAACUGUCGACAAUGUAAAACAAGUUUGGAACAGCUCUUACGAGUGGCGAAAAGUCAGCACCCGGAAAUUAUCGCCCAUCAAGGUCAUUGAAUUGUUUCCCGCCUUGAGUCAAAACAAUGGAUACUUACUGUUUCUGGAAGACUUCAACCGUGAAUUUCCCGAUUCAAUUAAUGCUUUCAGUCAAAAUUGGCCUACAUAUUCGUCCAGCAUUUUACGCUAUAUGGAACAGAGUGAAAAUUUCCUACAAAGCGUCAUUGAAUACAAUGUAGACCAGUACGAAGUCAAUCCCGAAGUUUCCACGUUGAUUUUGCUACCUUUGCUGUUCAAACCUUCGAAACGUUCAGCCAGGUAUUGGAGUCCCGGCCGGCUGGAGAUAGCACAUAGUUUUGUUCUGUAUGGCAAGGAAUUCCGAGACGUCAUCAAUUCUCUGAGACUUCGUCGGAAAAUUCUGGAGCGAUUCAAACUGCGACUCACCCCGGUUGUGGUUGCUAUCGGGCCGAACAUUUCCACUAUCGAUUCCUGCUUCAUCGUCAUUCAUAACGUGUUCUAUAAGUUCGCCAUGUUGCAGGAAGCGGUUGAGGUUUGCAUUAAGAUUUAUGCCGCACUUGGAGAGCGCUAUCUGGAGGAGGUUUCCGCACCAUGGCUGUUCGUUCAGCGGUUCGUGAUGAAGGUGACCUUACCUACGGAUAAUAUUCCGUCGAAGAUAUUCACUCUACUGGAAGCGAUGGAUUUGCCGCUACGAUGAGCGACCGGUUGAUGAGUUUUGGAGGUCGCCGUUUGCGUUUUGCAAUAAUCGGCGGCGUCGUUUGGCCUAGGCUUAGGUUAUUAUUGUUAUUGCGUAGAGUUUUAUUUCUUUACAUACUAUGCACAAUUUUAGUAGCAUAGUAAGUAAGCAAACUGUGUUUGUCAGUUUCUUCAAAAAUUUUUCGCUGGCAUUCUGUCAGGAAGCCAGUAGAAGCUCCGUAGAAAUCCGACGGUGCCGAAAAAAUAAAGGCGGUUUUGGUGCUCAAUUUCAUUACUCUAACACUGAGGAAUUUAGAUGUAUUAGGUUUAAGAUAUAAUAUGUAAGCAAGGACUGUCGAGCUGUAGUUGUCUAAAAAGACAAGUCAGAGCCAUAACAAUGUGAAUUCAAAAAUCAAUAAAUGACAUCGAGAGUAAAUUCUGUAUCGUAGCUUUGAUCACAUGCUUGUACACGUGUUUUCCUGUUCGCAGAUCAAUUGACUGUAUUGUUAGUUGCUGUAACGAAAGAAAGUAAAUCAUAUAUUGCUCUUAGGAGGUAUGUACACUCAUGUCUUUUUUAAUUCGGGGAGUAGGCACCGCAUAAAAAAAUACAAAAAUGCAUAACUUUGGAUAUUCGCACAGGAAAUUUGCAUAAAAAAUCCCAUAACUGAAAACUUAAUUAAAAUUAAAAAUUACAUAAAAAGAUACUUCACUGUAGUAGUUUUACAGCUAAAUUGGUAAAAGUCAGCAACAACCUCAGCUUUCGUUCAAUCGAAAAUGAAAUCUAGAAAAUAUAAUUUUGCCUGUAUCUAUAGAAAGAUAGUAGAAUUGUUGGAAAAACCGAUUUUAGAACGGAGUCUCGGAGACCCACAGUGUUAUAUACCAUUCGACUCAGCUCCACGAGGUCGUGCGUGCAUUUUUCAACGUAUUUUAUUACCGCUAAUUUUUCUUGUAGAUGAAUGAACCGGUUUUAGUAAGGUUAAAUUCGUUUGAUAACAAAUAUUGAGCCAUUUAAAAUGUCUGUAACUUCCUGUUCCGGAGAUAUGAUGGUACAAGUGGCGUAACCGACAAAACGCGUUGUUUUUUUUAUCGCGCAAGUAGCUCGGAGAUGGCUCAACCGAUUUUAACAAUUCUAGCUACUUCUAAAGAUUGUGCCAGAAAGUAUGGACGCAACCAAAACCCGCUGUCAUUUCGCAAUGGUUCAGAAUCUGUCAAUUUUUAACACCUUUGAGGAUAAAGGACUAUUCACACAUAUCCGGUCCGGUUCAGUGCCGGCACGACACCGUGCACGGAUACUGAUAUUAUUUCAUUCGUUUUCUAUGCGCGCAUUUACACCUAUCCGGCACCGUGCCGUUUCAGUGCAGCUCGCCGUCAAUGUAGCGUCCGUCCGGCAAACUCAAAUUCGUCGUCACCGAUAUUUUUUAUUUUCACUGAAGUCGGUAUGUUAUUGCAUUGGCUGUGCCGGAACGGAAACAGUACGGAAACUGAACGGAAGGGUUCCGAUAAAAAAAAGAACACUGACGGCGCACUGAAGGCACUUUCACUGAAAUGUGUGAAUAGUCCUUAAACCGAAAACGGGUCAAAAAAAAGGUCCUGCUGAUCCUCGGUUGGAUAAAUGUAAACUGAAGGCGUUCGAGCAAAAGAAAGAGGUUUCAGCUCGGGAUGUGGCCAAAAAAGUGGGCACUUCGAAGUCAAAUGUUCUUCGUAUAAAGAACGUUUGAAUCUUCGAACCUAUAAGAAGCAGAAACAACCAAAAUGUAGUCCGAAACAAGAAGCAUCGAUCAGGCCGAGGGUUCGAAAGCUGUACAAAACGAUUCUUGCUGGAAAUUUGAACUGCACAAUCAUGGACGACGAAACCUACCUGAAACUCGAUUACAAAUCCUUGCCGGGACCACAAUAUUAUACUGUGCGAGAAGGGCAAGUGUUGAACCAGUCCGAGAUAUCGAUUGAAGUCGAAAAAUUUGGUAAGAAAACUAUGGUCUGGCAAGCAAUUUGUAGCUGCGGUAAGAUUUCGAAACCCUUCAUCACCAUUGCUUCAAUGAACAGCGAAAUAUACAUCAAGGAAUGUUUACAAAAACGACUUCUACCCAUGAUUAGAAGUCACAAGGAUCCUGUUGUCUUCUGGCCAGAUCCUACUUCUUGCCACUACUCGAAAUCAACGGUAGAAUGGUAUGUCACUUUCAUCCCAAAAGACAUGGAUCCACCAAAUUGCCCACAACUUCGACCAAUUGAGGAAUUUCGGGCAUUAACGAAGGCACAUAUUAGGAAACAUGUCUCGGCAAAACUUGUCGCCAAGAAGUCUGUACGGAAUUUAAUGAGGAACGUUCGCAAGAAGGUGCGCCAGCUAGUCUACAAUGGCUAAGUAGCAAAUGUUGAGAAUAAUAUUCUGUUGUUGUAGUCUAAUAUUAUCAGGAUAUCGAAUAAAAUUUGAAUAUCUAACACUUGUGAAUUAUUUACAGCGAAAUCAAAGUACGUCCAUACUUUCUGGGACAGUCUUUAGUAAUAACAUCACUCUGCAGCAAUAGUGAUCUUAUGACUAGUGAUCAACUAGAUUAACAUAAUCAAAAUUCUGGCACCGCUUGUAUUUGCGGCGAGUGACUUUUUGAAUAGCGGCCCUUACACGAGUCAUCAAAAAUGUCAUUACUAAAAAAUAAUAUCAUUUUAAUGAGCGUGUAUGGUGCAGUAAUGACGAGUUUUCUAUCAAAUUUGAAAUACAUCAUUACUUAGUAAUCAUUAAAAAUGACAUUAAUAAUUCUCGUGUAAGGGCCGCUAAUGGUCGGGUUCGUUUACUUGUAAAGUAUCACUAUCGUAUAAAUAAUCGAUAUUAUUGAUUAUAAGAAUCGAUGCAAAAAGGGUUGGAUUAUUGCAGCUUAUCGCUCGACUUUAAAGCAACAGAUAUAACAGUUAGUUCGCCUGUGUAGUGUAAGCUUUUAGCACAGACUAACAGACAGGACACUCAAAUUAGAUUCUUCAAUCAUUUUAACGGUAAUUUCGAAUAUUCCUUUAGUUGGGACAGUACUCACAUAUGUCAUGAUGGCGCCACGUUACCCUAUCAAAAACAUCCUGUCUGUCAUCUAUACUGUGUUUAUUUUUUUCAUUUACCAACAGAGUUGCCAUUCAUACAGAAUUACCUGUAAUGUAUUGAUUUGUAUACGUCCAUGCGAAUUUCAUGCAGGAUACAGAUUUAAUACAUAUUGCCAAAACUAUAUACAUAAUUGUGUCUACUUCUCAUCCUCCAACGCAAUACAAAAUCGAACCCGUUUUGUUACAAUAUUUACUUGCUUCUGGUCUGCCGCCACUUAAUUUCGGGUGAAAACUACCAACACAAUAAAAAAUAGUCUAGAUGAACAACGUUGAGUCAAAUAAAUGGUUACCUUCCAACAUCGCGAAAAAGUUCAAUAAAUUAUCAACGUAAUCCAACAAUUUAUUGCGACGAUUAAUUUUCAAAUAUUUUGAUGAAAGCAGGCAUCCCUGCAAGCAGCUGAUCGGUGUUGACAAACGAGGGGAAACCAACUAGUAAAAAAAAACUUUUACAUAACACAAGGGGUGUACAGAUAGUAAAUAGUUCGCGCAGUACAAUAUAGGUGGAACUAGUGCAUCACGAAAAAUUAUUUUUAUUAGAAUUUACUCAUACUGUCAUGUCUGUUAGUCUGUGCUUUUAGUUCUAUAUGUUAUACGAGGGACAAUUCAGUUCCAUUCAAAACUCAGUUCAAAAUACAUUACUCUUUGUUUAGUUUCUCUUUCGAUUAUUGUAACGAGAUUAUAAUGCACCUGAAAGUCGAAGGUUUCAGGUAUCAUGUUAUUUAAAGAGUUGAAUGACAAACGCGGAAACCGCGUGGUAAUUAACAAAAGAGAAAGUACACGAAACCGCUAAACAUCCUAAUUUUGAGUACAUUCGUCCCAAUUUGGGGGUUCCGUUCAGUAGCCUAAUUUUAGGUAAAGUGGCUCUACGUAAUUUCCGUAAGGCACGUGCAAAAAAUACUUAAAGAUGAGUUAUAUUUACUCUGCAGUUGAGUCGUAUUGACUCAUUUUCUGGUUGAUACGGUUUACUUAAUUUUAGCUUAUUGAACGAAACUCUCGCUGUUGGGUGGUUUUGCUUUUUGUAUUUUGAUAACAAUGGAAAGAGCGAUUGAAAGAAAAGAUUCAAAAAAACUCAAAAUUAAGUAAAAAGAAGUCAGUUUUUAUUUUCCGUGUAAAUAAAGAGAAACGGUCACUUGCUCUUACGGCCUUUUCGCGGCCCUUACACGUGACAAUAUUAUUGUCAAUCCAAAGUAUUGUCAAUACCGUCAAUCCAAUUCACUUGGUAACUUGAGUCCGCAUUUUUCGAAAAAAUCUAGCGCUUGGAGCUUCAAAUAUUGCAACUGAACAUUAAAACAUUGAGAGAAGACUUCAUUGCACAUAUUUGACAGUUUCCUCUCUGGAGAGAAAGUAUUGUCGGAUUGAUGAGCAGUUUAUUUUUUUGACAAUAUUUUUGUCAAUAUAAUGAAGUUUCCAUUACACGAUCAAAAAUAUUUUCAAUACUCCUUGUAUUGACAGUAAUAUUGUCUCGUGUAAGGGCCACUUUCGAUAGGAUAAAUUAAAGUAAAACGAUGGCUCUUAUUACCGGUGUCACUACACGGUGAAAACAAAGUGAAGUGACUGUGACCCUUAUUAUGAGUAUCAUUUCACGGUGGAAAUCAAGUGAAGUGAAUGUAGGUCCUUGUUAUGGAAGUCGCUUUAAAGACAAAAGUAUUUACUUGAAUGAACUUGAUGCCAUUAUGAACAUCACGCCACCAAUAUUUUGUUGAAAAAAAAAUUUUUCCACCACAGUGAUCACUUCACGAUGCGUGAUACUGGUAAUAGGUAAAAUCAAGUGAAGUGACCUGUAAGUGAAGUGAAUGUGAAAGUGGAAGUGAGAACGGUAAUAAAAGCCGAUAUUACAUCACAUAAUUUGUAAUCUACUUUUUACGGGUUUUCUACGUGAUAUCAGUCGAUUUUAGCUAAGACAUCAUAUUAACAAGAUAUCCACCUCUCACAUUUCCCGAACAAAUCUUUGGCAACAUCCGUUUUUGCGUGCAUGGUGCCCUCAGGCGAGUCCGCAUCGAAUCUCGUACAUAGAAGUAGGGGAGAGAAAUGUCAAAUUCGUGCGCGCCAAAACAGCAGCACUGCGCACUCAUACAAUUGACAUGAUAUGUUGAAUGUGAUGCCGUGCGAUGGCGUUGGUGAACUGAAGAUUGAGAUCGCUUCAAGCUGACAGGGUCUGAUCGACGACACGACCUGCCACUCGCUUUUAAAACUGUAUCGUACAUUUAACUACCCCUCAGUAACUCGUAUUGUCAAAAUGAGAUCUUGGUAAAUAAGUUUGGAACUGGCAACCCAGGUUGAUAAACUGUUGAUUAUAGAAUAACGAUCGCCCUUAUUCUGAAUAACAUCGUAUCGUUUUUUCCUUCGUAUUUCAUUUGUAUUCCCCAUAACGCUAGCUAUGAUUCGAUCGAACCACAUUCGAUCGAAAAAUCAAUACGUCGUUAUUCAGAAUAAGGGCGGAUAUCCUUGGUUACGUUUGUUGUUCUAUUAAAAAAAUAUGAAUCGAACAAAACGAAUCAAUGAGUGUAAAUGAUGAAAUACUCCACGGUUUUAUCAUAUGUCGCAAAGUAAGAAAACGAAUGCAAAUAUAAAUGAAUUAUGGGUUUAAUUUUAAUGAAUAACUCAUAUCACAUCUAACGAUUUUUGUUAAAAAGGCUUCAACAUCGUCUGCUUAUGCGCCUAUGCUCAGAAAUCCAAUUAAGUGGACGGCCUUCAAAAUAGGAAAAGCACCAAAGGAGAUUAGUUAGCUUGACGAAUUCUACUCUGGAAAAAAAUCAUUUAUAAAGUCCAUCAGUUCUGUUGAACAAGUAAGAGCGUCUCAAUUCGUACCACUGGAAAAUUUCCAUCAAAUAAUCGAGAACUCGGUUCGAUUAAACAGAAAAGCAAUGAAAAUAAAAAAAAAUUUAAGGAACCGAAUUCAGCCAUUGAAAUCACGACACUCGAAAUUAAUACUAUCGAAUAUGGUUAACGAUCCGACAAAAUAUUACUAAUAACUUGUGCGAGAAAAAUAUGACGAAAAAUUAAAACGGUUAAGACGACUUAGACAGACCCUAUCAGCUUGAGGCGAAAUCAUUCUUGAGUUCAUCAACGCCAUCGCACGGCAUUACAUUCAACAUAUCAUGUCUCCAUUUCUCAUCAGGAAACAAUUAAAUGGUAACUUCGUAACAUUUUCGAGUAUAUUCAUAGUACAGUUCGCAUUCGUAGUUCAUUUAGAGCUCCACAGCGAAAUCUGUUUACACACAGCUAGAUUUCGUACAAAUUCCUGUAGAUUCAGAUUUGAAACCAAAUUAACCAAAGCUUGUAGGUUUUUCCAAAGCAUAUAUUGUUACCCACCAUCUGGUCAAACUGAAAUUAUAAAUCUGUUAAGAAAAAUAUGCUAAAUAAUCUUUAAAACUUCCCAGAAGCAACCUAGCGAUAUUUGAAUUCAGACGAACUUUCUCAAUUUAUUUGUUUAUUUAUAUUUCUAGGGUACCUUGGUAACUAUUUGUAGCAACCAGAACAGUGUUGCUUGAUUAUUUCAUUUUUAUUAUAAACAAGGGGUCGCUAUAUUUGUGGUAACUGACGGUAAAUUGCUCACGGACACUUUUUAAUCCGAUUUCCUUCGAAGUGGCUAGUCGUGUCGUCGGUCUGAUUUUAGUCAACCGCAUUCAUCCUAUUUUCGAGAUGAGAUGAAAUGUUUAAUCAAUGAUACGAUUUAUGAAAUAAGUUGGGGUAAAACGGGUUAAAAGGGUUAGUACUGCCAUUCCUCUUGUAUGUACUUGGAUUGCUGAAGUUUUCUACGUAAUAUGGACCAAUAUUGAUAGAUCGUAUUGGACCUGCUUCUGGAUUGUAGAUUGAAUUUUAACUGAAUAUUAUGACAAGAAAAAAAUGGAUAAAACGGUACAACGAGUUUACUGUUGUCAUUAAAACUGUAUGCAAACGAUUUGUUAGACUCUUUUUACAUCAGUAACGUUCCAUCCGGUCUUCUGGAAGUACUUCGGUUUUAUAUUAUAUUGUUAAACGUGAACACAAUUCAGUACAAAAAUGGAACUUGGGGUAAAAUGAAUAUGAAAAUGACGUGUGAGAUUUUUUAGUUUCUCUGUCGCUGUCUGUUUUUCUAAGCCAAUGUAUCAUUUUAUUUUCACCUGAUAGAAUCUAGAAGAGAACCAUAAUUCUCUCAAUUUCGCACUGUUUUACAUUUGCAACUCAAAUCAACUGCAAAAAAGUUAGAUGUAUAUUCAAAAUGGGAAUUCGACCAAAAUGGUUUGGGAACCAUUGGUUUGCACAAUGCACAACAUCAUCGUGAAAUUCCCUUUUCUUCGUUCGGAAAGGAUAUGGAUUUGCACAUCAUUUAUCACUGUUAGAAUUUUAAAAGAAUUUUCGGAUGUAAAAUACUACCAAAUACUACCAAAUGGAUCUUUUUUUCGGAAUCCACUCUUAACACAAGUCGAAUUCGUUUUGCAAUGUUCCUGACGCCAAUUAAUUACCACACUGUAUCAUUUCAUCAAUUUUAUUUGAUAUCAAUAAUGAAAUAUUUUGCUAAC